AUGACCUCUUAUAAAGCCGGAGAAUCACAAAACGAUACCAAGUCAUUGUCGUCGUCCGUUUUGAAGUACACAUGGGAGAAUGGACGUCGAUAUCAUGCCUACCGUGAUGGCGCCUACUGGGGACCGAACGACGAGCGACAAUUAGACACGGAAGAUUUCAUGCACUCGAUGUUCCUGACAAUCCUCGAUGGUCGAUUAUACGUAGCACCUAUCUCCAAAAGCCCACAGAGAGUAUUGGAUGUCGGCUGUGGCACCGGAAUCUGGACCAUAGAAUUUGCUCAGCAGCAUGAGUCGGCUGAAGUCAUUGGUAUAGAUUUAUCCCCAGUGCAGCCAAGCAUGGUGCCCAUGAAUGUACGAUUCGAAGUCGAUGAUGUCAACCUGGACUGGACAUAUCCCAAAGGUCAUUUCGACUUUGUCCACAUCCGCAUGCUCACAGGCUCCAUCACCUCUUGGCCCGAUUUCCACCGAAAAGUACUAAAACACCUCUCCCCUGGCGGCUGGGUCGAGCAGGUCGAGCUCGGCAUGAAGACCCUGUCUGAUGACGGCACGGUUACCCCCGACAUGCCAUUCUCCAAGUGGGAGCACGUCUUCACCGUUGCGGGUGAACAGAUGGGAAAGACCUUCUUGGCUAGCGACCUCGCCGCCGACGCCAUGCGUCAGGCUGGGUUCCAGAACGUCAACGAGAUGCGGCUGAAGCUGCCCAUCGGCCGCUGGCCUAGGCACGAGACGCUAAAGAUUUGGGGGACCUGGUGUCGCGCGUUCUUGGCAGACGGCCUCGAGGGGUUUGGUCUAAGAAUGAUGACGGGUGUCCUUGGCUGGAGUUAUGAGGAGACGCAAGUCUUUUUGGCUGAUAUGAAGAGACACCUGAUGAACCCCAAGAUCCAUGGAUACGUUGAAAUGGUUGUGGCAUACGGGCAAAAGCCCACAGGGACGGCCCAGGCCUGA